UGCACUCGCACUUCUCUUCCGCACCGCGCUAUACCGAUGGGGUUGUGCAAGGGCACGAUCGCGGUGGACGGUCGGUGGUCCCGACGCACGCGGCGCGCUGACACACGCCGGAUAAGGCAAUUCGCGGUUCUGAUGGCGGUGGGGAGAGCACCGCCACCAGCCGUUGAUGGGACCCCCUCGUGGGCCGCGGGAAUCUGGAUCGGAAAAGGGGAUCGCGCCGGGUGUCGCUUAGUGCGCUGGCUACUUUAUCCCCUCCCGGGCCUGUCAAGAGAGAUGCGAGCGAGUGCGUGGAGAUAACCGAGCCCCCGUCCUCCUCCCUGUCAGCGUCCCUGCUCACGACCCGCCACGACCCAGCGCCCAACGCCCGACGUUCUCAUCGCCGCACCCGUACUCGGCGCACCGCGGCCUCGUCGACCCUUUCCAUCUCUUCCUGACGACCGCCCUCAGUUCGUCGAGCUUCUGCUGCGAGACCGUAUCUCGAGAUGUCUUCUCCCUCUCAGGCCCCCAACAUCGCGCAGAUCAUCCUACCCCCGGGAUUCACCUUGCCAGAGUAUGAGAAGCUGCAGGGACAGUUGGUCACCAUAGGAAUCGUGACCGCCGUCGCGUUCGCCCUCGUCUGCUGGGACUAUGUCGUACUCCUACGAGAUGAGCUCAAGCUGUAUGUCACCAACACCCGCGCCAUAUGGCGGACACCGGCAACGCUCGCCUUCAUCGUCCUCCGUUACUCCGCCUUCCUCGCCACCCUUCCUUCCCUUUUCUUCACCUCCAUCCAGUCUCAACACUGUCAGACCGCCGUGAUCGCCUCCCAGGUCGGUGCUGUCCUCGUCGUCGCCGCCUCGGGCGUCAUCUUCUCCAACCGGGUGGUCGCCAUCUGGGGCAACAGCAAGUUUAUCAUCGCCGUCACCGUCGUGGCAUGGUUAGGACUCAUAGGCUGCUGGAUAUCCGUCGCGACGCAGUACAACGCCAUCACCGGCCCCACGACGCCCUUCGCCUCCAACUGCCAAAUGCAGCCCAUCGUCUCCUGGGCGCCGAUCUCCUAUGCGUCCUCGGUCGUGUUCGACAUCAUCGUCCUCGCCCUCACCGUCUUCAAGCUCCGCGCGAACGGGCUAGAAAAGUCGGCCGUUUCCCGCCAGAUCUUCCGGGACAACCUCGCCUACUUCGUCGUCACCGCCGCGACGAACAUCGUCGUGCUCUCCAUCCAGGCCCUCGGCGAGUCCUUUUCGAUGAUCAAGCCGACCGCGGUCCCGUUCUCGACCGUCAUCACCGUCGCCAUGUCCGAGCGCGUCUACCUCAACCUCAAGCUCCUCCGCACCCGCGAGGAGCGCGGGCGGCACACCACCCUCGGCUCCUCCGCGCCGACGUACAUGUACUCCGUGCCCGGCUCGGGCGCACCGGAGACGCUCAAACGGAGCGCCGUGCCGCAGACGUGGGGCGUCACCCCCGGCUGGAGUGCCGGCCAGAUCGAGGAAGGCCCGCGCUACUCCGAGGCCGGCACGACCGAGGUCGAGGGCUGGGAGAUGCAAAACAGGGACGCCAAGCCCUGGGAGCUGUACAACCGAGAGGCGAAGAUGUGAUGAAGGACUUUUUCGUCGAUCCUCUCGUUUAGUCGCGCGCUGGCUGCUUGCUUGGAUUCACGCUCCGGAUGCUUUCCUACUAUACUCUACAUUCCCUCCCCGGCCGCGAACUGAGCGCCGUAUAUCUGGAUACGCUGCCGCGGUUUAUACCAGCCGUUCUCUCCCACCAGUAUGUGUAACUAGGCUUUUUACUUAUUGUUUUUCCACCAUCCCCAUAUACUGUCCUUUACGAGUACAACGCGCAUGGGGACCGACCGCACACAUGAAACGAAUUUGGCCCCG